UAGUGACGUCAUCUGACUGGUAGGAGUCAAGGCCACAGUGCAGCCCAGCAGCUGCCGCCAAAUAACCAGCUGGUGCUGGAGGCAUACCUCCAUGACGUCAUCCUUAGCAACGCUGCGGUAACUAAGGACGCUAUUUUAAACCAGUCUGCAUAAUCAUAAGAAGCUGGUAGCUUGCGUUCUCUUGACCACAAAUUAAUUGCGUAGGCCUAGCGAGGACAAUCAUCAACCAUGGGACCCAAGAAGAAAGGAAAAGGAAAAGGGGAUAAGCUAGCCAGAAUGACGGUGGAGCAAAGGCAGGCCUAUCUAGACAGGAAGGCUGCUCAGGAGGCAGAAGCCAUCAGGAGGCGAGAGGAACUUGUAGCUGGGUUCUUCAAGCUGAAACUUUCUGACGAGGAGAAGAAAGGCGGCGUGAAUGAAGCCAAGCUCAUGAGCAAAUGGCGGGAAGUUCUACGAGAGACGAAGACAACUUCUUUACGGAACAGUUUGAAGGAACUUCGAGCGAAGGUAGGCGAAGCCACCACGGCCCAGGACAACCUGAUCCAACUACUGGCAUCCCAGGUGGGUCAGGCCCACCACCAGAGGUCCACGGCUGCUCACAACCACCUCUCGGCCGUUCAUAAACUGACAGGGCUGCAUGAGGAGCACGUGGGCAUGCUCAGUCAUUAUCUCCGGCUGAGACAAGCGGGAAUCACACUGGCGAUGGCCGACGACACGGAAAAGCUGGCAGCUCGUCACCUGCACAGUCUCCGAAGUCUGGCCCUGGUGGCCAGUGCGACGCAGAGGGAACACGACCUCACAGAGAAGGAAGAGCUGGCUGCGUUUCAUACGACCAUGACGCACAUCACGACGCAGCUAGAAGAAGAACUCGCAGCUGCGAGGGCGGAGAGGGAAAAUACCAUGGAGGAAGCUUGGGCUCGGCUGGCGUUAUCAAUGAAAGACCAUGAAUUUCACACCGCAUCAUUAAGAGACUCUUGCGCUAAUCUGAACCAGAGGGUGGCCAACAAUCAGAAAAAUUUGAAGUCCAUUAAUCAGACGACCAAGGAAAUUCAGACAGAGCUAGACGAAUUACGCUCUCGCCUCAAGCAAGAUUCGUAUCGCCCAGACUCGGUGCAAGAACUCCAGCACCUGAAGUCUUCGCUGCAGGUGCUGAGAGCCUCUCUGGCCACUCAGCACGUGCACAGCAGAACCGUUAUCAAAGCUAUCAAUAAACGGGGGUAUGAUGCCAAAAAGCGCCUGGAGGAGAUGCAGAAGCAGGGACGAGCCAUCCUGGAACUGGCAUCCGCGUGUGCCCGGCUCGAGACGUCUCGGGACAGGAACGUGCCUUUCAUGCCCCAACCACCACGUCUCGAGUUCACUGCCGAAGCUUCAGACGACGGUUCACUGAGGACGCGGCUGGUGCCUGCUGCGCCUGACCCUGACCAAAUAACGGAGGGCACGCUGCAACCAAUCCCACCUCAGGAAUUUGAGACGCAGAUGGGUCUAGUAUCUUCUGCGGCAGACGAGGGCGUCGGUACUUCCAUCACCUCUUCAAAGACUCCUUCCUCAAAGCAGAGGGCACCUUUGCGUAAGAUCAGCAGCGUUCUAGAACUAGACGACGGAGUGGGGUCGUCGCUAGGACCACUCUCAGCAACUCCUACAGCGUCUGGUGCAUCUACGAGCGGUCUCACCUUGCCGAAACUCACUCCUGCUCCGCCUGCGAGAGGAGUCAGUGGGCGCGGGAAACUUGGGCGAGACAAACUGGCAAGGAUCAGCGAACUCUUGUAUCACGAGGAGGCAACUCAAGACGCACAGGAAGCCAUUCACGCCCCAGGAAGCUCUCCACAUCCUUUGCCCGAUUUCGUCCUACAGGAGGCCGAGUGCAUUCUGAAGACCCACGACGACCUGAGAAAUUUCUGGCACAAAUACCACCACGUUCAGCUGGAGCGCCUCGCCCUUCGCAACGAGACUGAAGUCCUGCGGCAGGAAAACAGGCACCUGAAGGGAAAGCUCAAGAAAUACUUCGUCUCCCUCGGAGUGACAGACGCGGCUCUCGGGCAGACGUCGGCGCCAGUGACGAUAUCACAUUUCACGAUCUCUUUCACGAACACCCCAAGGAGCAGGAGGAGGUCGCGAUCAGUCCCCACAAGCAGCCUUGGCCGAGCGGGAAGCCGUACGAUAACUUCAGCGGGAAGUGCCAUGAGAGAGCGCAGUCAAACCGCCACGCCCUCGGGCAGCAUGGGACGGGAAGGUGGCCAUACGAUCACAACUCACGAAGACGGCGCUUGGGGCUCUCCCCCUCCCCCACCGCCGGAAGUUCUGCCGAUCCAGGAGGCUAGGCACCUGGUCAGGAUCUCUGCCAUGCAUACAGCGCCAAGGAUACGGACUUGCUAAUGUGAUAAAUUUGCAUUUUUCAGAUGUUUCACAUACCUAUUGGCUGUGGAUGUUUUCACACAUAUAUAUUGGAAAUAUAAUCAUGCAAAAAAUGGUUACACUGCACACUUUGCCACAAACAUUUCGUGUACCAAAGAGGUUUUAAUAAUGGAAUAUAUUCACAAAAUUUUGUUGUUUAGAAUAAGAUUUAAAUGAUUAACCCUGCAUAAUCAACAAAACAGAAAUCGGAUACGAUUUCGAUUGCAAGUUAUGAGUGUAAAUAUAUAAGAUAACCUAUUUCAUAACUCUGCCCUUCAAAAGUGAAAUUCAGUAAGCUUUUAUGGAAUUUGCAGUAAGUCCCUUAGACAAUUUUCCCUUUUUUUUUCACACGGGGGAAAACCUAUCAUUCCCCCGACUUGUUGGCAGAGAUAAAUGCCUGUUAAUCGUAAUGUGAAAAGUCAUGUGCUUCAUACAGUUAGCAUUUAACGCUUUCAGUGAUUGAGAAUAAAUGGUCAAACAAAAGUACGAUUUAAAUUUUAAUUACGAGAUGUUAAAUUACUCUAGCUAUUUAGGGUUUGUAAAAGUUCUUCCUGUUAUUCUGUCAUUCUUUAAUUCCGGGAAUACUGGUUAUCUUCAUAGAUAAGUUAUGAUGAAUCUUUAAUAUGUGAUUUUUCGCUGUAAAAACAAGUAUUCAAAUGCACGUAGUAUGUUGAAGAGUCGUUCGCUAUUAAAAGAAAAAAAGA